UUGUGACCCUUUUCGGGCGGCAGCGGUGCGCAUCGCGCGUCCACCGCGGUUCCACGGCAGCCUUGCGAAUCGUCGGUCGUCGCCGGGCCGCUUACGUAACUCCGGCACAGGCGCCUAAUUCGCUCGCAGGCCGCGGUGUUUACGCGAGGCGCACUGCAAUGACGGUCCCGCGAUAGAACGCACAAAGACUCCCGCACGGAUACGCGAGGGCAUUGCAGCUGCAGCUGCCGUGACUCAGUUCGCACCUUCGAAGGGCCGAAUCCACUACCUGACCGGCCGUUCUCCUGCAGCUCCGCUCCGAGCAUGCUGCCCUGACGCUAAGCUCGAAUCCACAGGCUGUGCCUGAGGGGUGAGGCUACUCUGGGGCAAAAUGAACUUUCUCCGGCAAGUUCAGCUAAUUCUAUGGAAGAAUUGGGUUUUGCGAAAGAGGCAAAAGGUACGAUGCCUGGUGGAAUUGAUAUGGCCCCUGAUUUUAUUUUCAAUUUUGAUGUGGGUGCGGACAAGAGGCCUCAAGUCGUACAUCCAUGAGUGCCACUUCGAAGAGAAGGCUAUGCCUUCGGCAGGCUUAUUUCCAUUUUUCCAAAGUUUCCUUUGCACAGUGAACAACACCUGCCACAGAACAGUGCAGCCCAGACCAGGAGACAAUCUCCGAAAUUUGAAUACUACUCUUUUGGAAAAGCUGUUCGACAAUUUUGAGUCGAUACUGGCUUCAAAUGUUGGACCAAAUGAGAAGACAAACAUAGAAACGGCUACCAAAGAUCUAAUGGAUUUAUCGCUCCUGGUGCAAUCUAUUGCAGCGCGGGAAAAGAAUGUCGAAGGUUCCAUAGUACUGCAGAAUUUCCUUCAAAACCCGAGGGAAUUCAAAUCAAUGCUGAGGAAAGAAAAAGUGAACUUGAGCGAACCAGUGAUUGAUUCGUUGAUUUCGUCAAAAUUAGUGCCGCAGAACAUUACUUUGGGUCAGCUAGCUGCUUUGAGAAAUGAUCCAAGAGCGUUGGUUUGCGAUCCAUCGACACUGGGAAACAUUUUGACCUGGGGUCCAUACAAAGCAUCGCCUGAUGACGUGUCAAGAGAACUUUGCUCAUUGCCGAUGUCAAACAUCACUUUCAUCGCACGGUCUUUUGAGCAAAGUGCCGAAGCAAACAAAGUCUUCAGCGAGCUGUGGAAAUUCACCGAACUGAACCUUGGACGAGAGUUAAGCUGGUCUGAUUGGCGCCAGCUUCAGACACUAUCAUCAAGGCUUGUUGACAACGUUCGCAAAUUGGACUCUUUCCAGGAGACUUUGAAUGAGGUUGGAGCCAUUGGCAAAAAGUAUCUGCCCACAGAGGAACAAAUCGACGAGUAUAAAAACUCCAGAGUUGCUAACUUUUCAUCUCUAAACCCAUCGAUGCUCACGUCAAUGGCAAUUGUUCAGAAAUUGCUGUGUGGUCCUGAGGCAACAAGCAUUUUGGAUCAGAUUGCUGCGGGCGGAGGAGAAAGCACACGGUGGGAAGAAAGACAAACUCUAUUUAUGCAAAUGUUUGAUGAACUCAAAGACCAGCUCAAAAAUUCAGAGUCUCAAUAUGAAGAGUAUAUCAAUGACACUGAUGCGUCUCCAGAGUGCAACAAUUUUUUCAAGAGUCUUGAGAGAAACAGCGUCACCAGAUUUCUUUGGAAUCAAGUGAAGCCUUUUGUCAGAGGGAAAAUAUUGUUUGCGCCCGACGAGCCAGCUGUAAUUCGCGUCGUGGAAGGAGUGAACGCAUCAUUCGCACUGAUUGAGAAAAUUGUUGAGGCAACGACCCUUUUGACAGACACAGUAAUUCCAAAGCUGAGAGAUUCGCUGGUCAACCAAACCAUUAGUUUACAGCUGAUUCAAGAUUCCUGGCCAAAAUUAUUUGAUCUCCUCAAAAAGAGUGCACCUGAUAAUUUAGUUGGUGAACUUGAAAAUCUGAAUGAGCUAUCAACACGCUUUCUGGCAUCUGACAACACGGAACUCCGAGAGACUGCACUUGCCACAAUCGAAGAGCUUCAAAUCAAUAUUACUACUUUGUUAGAGUGUGUUGACUUAAACAAAAUUGAAAUGUACCCCAAUGAGGAAGAAGCUGUUAAGAGAGGAAUGGAGCUCUUGGAACACAACAAGUUGUGGGCUGUUGUCAGCUUCUUAGAUUUGCCUGACAGUAAUGGAACACUAGAAAAGUUGCCUCCUUUCAUUUCUUACAAAAUUAGAAUGGACAGCAGCAGAAUAGACUCCACCAAACGCGUGGAAGACAUCUUGAGGCGUCCAGGACCAAGACGCAGGCCAGGCAUAGAUCUCAAAUACAUCACAUACGGGUUUGCCUACUUGCAGGACAUGCUCGACGCCAGUUUAAUCAAAGAGCAAACCAAAAGAAUACGCACGCCUGGUAUAUUCUUGCAGCAGUUUCCCUAUCCUUGCCAUUUAAUCGACAGAUUUGUGCUCGCUAUCUCAAGAACGUUUCCACUCUUCAUGACCCUCUCUUGGGUCUACACCAGUGCUAUGAUUGUCAAGAGCAUUGUAUACGAAAAAGAGCGCAGACUGAAAGAAACAAUGCGUGUUAUGGGCCUCGGCAACGGUGUCCACUGGAUUGGCUGGUUCAUCGACAGUUUCACGCCAAUGUUGCUGACCACAGUCCUACUGACAAUUAUUUUGGUGUAUGGCAAAAUCCUUGAAAAUUCCGACCCUUCGCUGAUUUUUGUGUUCCUGCUCACUUAUGCCAUCGCUACAAUCAGCAAAUGUUUCUUGAUCUCAACUCUCUUCUCAAAGGCUAAUUUAGCAGCUGCUGCUGGCGGUAUCAUCUUCUUCAUCAUGUACCUCCCAUACGCAUUCACCGUUCUCUGGGAAGAAACAAUGUCUGGAGUUGUCAAAACCUUAGUCUGCCUCAUUUCCAACGUGGCUUUUGGUUACGGCUGCUCUUACCUGUCGUUCUUUGAAGAAACAGGAAUAGGCGCUCACUGGUAUAAUUACGACAAGAGUCCAUUGCUGAAUGACUCCAUGAAUCUUUCAACCUGUAUGCAAAUGUUGCUGCUUGACGCGGUCAUAUAUGCUGUGUUCACUUGGUACCUAGAAGCAGUGUUCCCAGGAGAAUAUGGUGUACCUAAGCGAUGGUAUUUCUUCGUUCAAAAAUCGUAUUGGUGCGGAAAAGACUUAACAGUUGAUGAUGUGCCUACGGGAUCUACGCCGGCCACAGAGAAUUUAAAUGAUAGCAGGGACUCUGGAAACCUUGAAGAAGAGCCUGCUGGCCUUCAAGUGGGAGUUGCACUGCAAAAUCUAGGCAAAACUUACAGCAAUGGAAAGAUAGCGUUGAAUAACUUGAACCUUAACUUCUACCAAAACCAAAUAACCGCCUUCCUUGGCCACAAUGGAGCUGGAAAAACCACUACAAUCUCUAUCUUGACUGGACUCUUUCCCCCGUCGAAUGGCACUGCAAAAAUAAAUGGAUUUGACAUAAGGACUGACAUGGACAGUAUCAGAGGCAGUCUUGGCACGUGUCCUCAGCACAACGUUUUAUUUGAUUAUUUGACAGUCGAGGAGCACCUUUGGUUUUACGCACGCAUCAAAGGAAAGGAAAGCGCAGAAGUGACUGCUGAAGCUGAAAAGAUGAUCAUUGACUUAGGAUUACCUCACAAGAAACACGAAAUGUCAAAGAAUCUGUCAGGAGGUAUGCAGCGAAAGCUUUCCAUAGCUGUGGCAUUUGUCGGUGGAUCAAAAACUGUCAUAUUGGACGAACCAACUUCAGGGGUGGAUCCAUUUUCACGCCGAUCAAUUUGGGAGAUGUUGGUCAAGUACAAGCAAAACCGAACAGUGAUCCUUACAACCCACUUUAUGGAUGAGGCUGACCUUCUUGCUGAUCGAAUCGCUAUCAUCUCUGGUGGCAACCUUCAGUGCUGUGGAUCGAGUCUCUUCCUUAAAGCUAGGUUUGGGUCUGGAUUUUACCUGACAGUGGAGAGAUUGACGAAUCCCAGCAGAAACGCUACUGGUGAAAUUGCAGUCAAUGGUUCUCUUCAACAGAACGGCCAAACGGAAAAUUCUGAGGCUACCAAUCAAAUUAACAAAGUCACGGAAUUGGUGCAGAAGUGCGUUUCGAGCAGUGAACUCUUAGAGGCUGUCGGACAAGAACUGGUUUAUUCGCUGCCAUUCACCAUGGGAGAAAGACAAGGCGCCCUCCCAAUUCUGCAGGCUCUCUUAGAUUCUUUGGACAAUCACGGACAGGCAAUCGGGAUCAAUUCUUAUGGAAUAUCUGACACGUCAUUGGAGGAAAUCUUCUUGAAAAUCGCUCACGAUGGAGAAUACAGUGCAAAUGAGAGGCUCAUGAAUGGCAACGCGUUAGAAAACAGCUCUUUGGUGACUGGCACAUUUCCAAAAACAAAUCUCCUAAACGGAAAUACCAGUGCUGCAGUAAAUGGACCACUAAGGUUCCUCAAAUCUGGUAAAUCAGGGAAAAGGCGGAAUAUUUACAUCCAAGCGAACGGAAACAAAGUGCAAUACACUAGAGCAGCAACGGACGAUCCUGGAAAUCUUGAAAAUGGUGACGCUGCCAGCGUGGACUCAGAUUAUUGGGACACAAAAUCGGGAAGACGAAAGCUGAGGUGGCGCCAGUUCAUGGCUCUGCAGACCAAAAGAUUCCACCACACCAGGAGAAAUCCAAAAGCAUUGUUUUGCGAGAUUGUUUUGCCUGCUGUGUUUGUGUGCCUUGCAUUUGUGUUUACCAUGAUCUUACCUGGAUUGCAAGAAGAACCGCCACUUGAACUGCAUCCCUGGAUGUACACUGAGCCAAACAAUAUUUUCCUUGACGUUCACUCUCCCAGUAACGCCUGGGUAGAAAAAUACAAGAACCAAAUUUUAGGACCCUACGGCAUCGGCACCAGAUGUGCAGGAGACAGCACAUACCAAUGCACAAAACCAAGCGAAAUGUUUAACUACCCAAAGAAGGACAUUCCAGACGAGUCACCAAGCUGCUCGUGCGAAAGAGGAACCCAAGUUUGCCCCGCAGACGCUGGUGGGCCACCACCUCAGAAAAUAAAGAUAGCAACUGGUGACCUUUUCUACGACCUCUCAGAGCGAAACGUGUCGGACUGGUUGGUAAAAACUGAGAAACAAUUCUAUAAAAUUCGAUAUGGUGGCUUCUCUCUGGGAGUGUACAACCCAUUCAGCAUGAUCAACAUCUCUUACAUUCUGGACAGAAUUAGCAGACUGGACCGAGCCUCCAAUCUCGGUCAAACUCGAAUAGAUGAUUAUGAAACAAUCGCUUCCAAUCUCACUGCAAGGGCUAAACAAGAAGACAUUUUUGAUAACAUCAGAGUUUGGUGGAACAAUAAGGGCUGGCCAAUGUCUGUUUCCUAUAUGAAUGCAAUCAACAAUGUUGUCCUGAGAGCGUCCUUGCCAGAGGUGGAAGACCCAAAAAUGUAUGGUAUCCGUGCCAUUAAUCAUCCUAUGAAUUUCACUCCAUCGCAACUGUCUCAAGAAAUGAUCAAGCAGUCAAGCAUCAGCCUGCUGCACGCAAUUGCUGUUAUUUUCGCCAUGAGCUUUGUACCAGCAUCCUUUGUGGUGACUUUGAUUGAAGAGCGUGCGACAAAAGCCAAGCACUUACAAUUUGUUUCUGGAGUCGACGCAGCAAUUUACUGGAUUAGCGCGUUUUUCUGGGACAUGAUGAGCUAUCUGGUCUCAGCAACCUUGUGCAUCGCCAUCUUCCUCAUAUUUAACGAGAAAGCCUACGUUUCGAGCGAGAACCUUCCCGGCCUUGUGCUGCUCUUGUUCUUUUAUGGUUGGUCUAGUAUCCCUUUGAUGUACCCAGCCAGCUUCGUGGCUAAAGUGUCGAGCACAGCUUUUGUUUUCCUGGCUUGUUGGAAUUUGUUUGUCGGUAUAGUUACCACGGUGGCUGUUUUUGUUCUGGAAAUAUUUGAUGAUGAGGAGCUGCAAUUCAUCGGGUCUAUAUUGAAAGAAGUUUUUCUCGUUUUUCCCCACUUCUGUCUCGGACAAGGUCUGAUGAAAAUGGCAACAAACCAUUUGAUUUCUCAGCAAUUUGCUUCAUUUGGCUUGGAACUGAACAAAAAUGUAUUUGAAUGGGAAUUUCUCGGCAAAAAUUUGCUGGCCAUGAUCGUUGAAGGAUUCAUUUUCUUUGCCUUCACACUUGCCAUAGAGUUUGGAUUGUUAGAUCCUGUAUGGCAAUGGAUUCUCGCCAAGUUGAACAGAACCGCCAAGCUCGACGAACGCACACUUUCGGAUAUUCAUAAUGAUGAGGAAGAUGUCGCAGCUGAACGGCACAGAGUAACAUCAAGUAGGAAUGAAGACCACGUCUUAGCGUUAAGCAACCUGACAAAGGUCUACAAGACUGGAGGCCGGCCUGCUGUAAACAAAUUAUGCUUUGGGGUGAAACCUGCUGAGUGUUUUGGACUGCUGGGCCUCAAUGGGGCUGGAAAGACUUCUACUUUCAAGAUGCUGACUGGCGACACGAAACCAUCCUUUGGCGACGCAUUUGUAUGUGGUCACAGCAUUAAAAGUGAGAUCCGAUUGGUGCGGCGCAAACUUGGCUACUGCCCGCAGUUUGAUGCCCUAGACCCGCUCCUAACAGCAAGAGAGCAUUUGGAGCUAUAUUCCAAGUUGAGAGGAGUGCCUAGUCAUCUCCUACCGCAUGCGGUAGAUGAGGGAUUGUCUCGCCUGGGUCUGACACAAUAUGCUGACAAAUGUGCUGGCACCUACUCGGGCGGAAACAAAAGAAAAUUGUCCACCGCCAUCGCUCUUGUCGGAAAUCCACCUCUCGUUUUCUUGGACGAACCGACGAGCGGAAUGGAUCCUGCUGCGCGCCGCUUUUUGUGGCGCUGCAUCCUGCGCGCUGUGCGCGAGGGCCGCUCAGUUGUCCUCACUUCCCACAGCAUGGAAGAGUGCCAGGCGCUUUGCUCAAGACUAACUGUUAUGGUCAACGGCAAACUCUCUUGCCUUGGCAGUGCGCAACAUCUGAAGAGCAAAUUCGGCAAUGGGUACACAUUGGUUGUGAGGUGUCCAGUGGAUAGUGUUGAGGCAAUGGAGACGCACAUGAAGCAGCAGUUGCCAGAGGCUGUGCUGAGCGAGAGCCACCACACAAGAUUAGUUUUCCAACUGCCGAGUGGUGCACAUAAACUGUCAACAGCUCUUGGAGCGCUAGAAGUGGCGAGAACAAAAAACCUUCUCUACGACUACUCCCUGUCGCAAACUACUUUGGAGGAGGUGUUUUUGAGAUUUGCCAACAAACAAAAUGAUCUCAUCGAGAGUGGAGACGAGAAAACGUCCUCUCUUGACUGCUCUUGCUUCAAACAUUUGAUCGACAAGAAAUGUAAAUUUGUCAAGUAACUCGCCAGGAGGGCAUUGAUUGAAGAUUGAAGACUCCUCAGGGAUUGAAUUAUAUUCCCGCAGGUAAUUCUUCACAUCCAAGAAGUAUUUUUGCACAACACUGUUUUGUGAGUGCGUGCCACAAAUCAAGUUUGUGAUUAUGAUGAAUAGCCUGUGGUAGUACAAGAACAGAGUUAGUAUUGUUUCAGAAUCGAACGCUAUGAUUUCGUUCUAACCCACCCUUAGAAUUUACCUCCUAAAUUAGUAUUUAUCUCAGUUAGAGUUCUAUAAUUUUUCUUGUGAUAUUAGUCUCUUCUGUUGAACAAUCGCGACUUGUCAUUUCUAAUGUAAAAAUGUGAUGUCCGGUGAAAUGUGAUUUAAUAGUAUUAAAACCAUUGAAACACUAAAUAUA